CACCUGCACAGCGCGCGGAGGGACGGGACGCGGAUGGAGCACAACCUACAAAUCUACACGGAAUAAUCCCACAUCACCGGCAGCGCUGCGUUGAUUCUCGUCUGAUCCGGAUUUGCCUUUUGUCGCUGCGUUAUCGGGCAUCUAAAGUUGUCAUGAUGCCUCCACUGCGCAUUUGGGAUUACUAGCGUCUCUUGUGCGCUGCGAGAUUGUAUUGUUUUUUUGUUUUUUCUUUAGCGUUUGACUCAAAAAUACUGUCUCUUUCAAGUGGACAAAACAUGGACUAAUUGAUUCGGUUUCAGGAUGGGAUUAUUGCAGCUCUUUGUGGUUCUUGGCGUGUUUUGCCCCUCCUCAGUUGCGGGCUUUGGGGUGGACCCUGCUCUCCGGAUCAACGUGUUUGACGAACUGACUUUGGGACAAGGUUUGGAUGGAGUUACCCAAGUCCAAGGAUUCCACAGCGAGUCCAGAGCCUUCCACUUCCAAGGGUCGUCCCGGGAGGUGAAGGCCCCGGUCGAAGUCUCGAGGUCUAUGAUCCAGAAGCUGAGGGGGAAGAAUGAGUUCACUGUGUUGGCUACAGUCAAACAAGACCACCUCAACUCUGGGGUCAUCCUGUCCAUCCACCACCAGGAGAACAGGUUCCUGGAGCUGGAGAGCAGCGGUCAGCGCAGUGAGGUGCGUCUUCACUACAGGACCAGAGGACAGCAGCCACACACAGAGCUCUUCCCCUACAGCCUCGCAGACGACCAGUGGCACAAGCUCUCUAUCGCCAUCAGCGCCUCACAUAUCAUACUGCACGUGGACUGCAACAGGAUUUAUGAGCGAGUGGUGGAAGCUCCUUAUAUGGACAUACCUGAAGAUGCAGCAUUGUGGGUUGGACAAAGAAAUUCUGCUCAUGGCUUCUUCAAGGGAGUGAUGCAGGACGUGGAGAUCCUGGUGAUGCCACAGGGUUACAUCUCACAGUGCCCCGACCUCAACAGAACUUGUCCCACCUGCAAUGAUUUCCACGGACUGGUGCAGAAAAUCAUGGAGCUGCAGGACAUUCUGGCUAAAACGUCCAGCAAGUUGUCCCGGGCGGAGGAGAAGAUGAACGGAUUGGACGGCUGUUACUGUGAGCGCACCUGCAGCGUGAAGGGCGUGGUCUACAGAGAAGACGAGAGCUGGACCGACGGAUGUAGGAACUGCACAUGCUCGAACGGCACAGUGCAGUGUGAGGCCAUCUCCUGCCCUCCCCCUCAGUGUCCGGGGGGCACCGUGGCGGCCUACGUGAAGGGGGCGUGCUGCAGAGAGUGCCAACCCGUGUGUCUUUUCGGAGGACGGGAGUUGGUGGAAGGCGACCGGAAAGCCGUGAGGGACUCUUCUGGCAGGUGCCUGCUGUUUGAAUGCCGGGACCGGACGAUGCACCGUGUGGUUCCCAGUGAGCCCUGUCCAGAACUUAGCUGCCCCGAGUCUGAACAGAUCGCCCUGAGUGACCGCUGCUGCAAAGUCUGCCGAGGUCAUGACUUUUGCUCUGAGGACCAUAGUUGUGUGGAGCACUCAGACUGUGUGAACCUGGAGGCCGGGGACUGCUGCGUCUGCAAAGAUGGCUUCCGGCCUCUGAGGGACGACAACGCCUACUGUGAAGAUAUCGACGAGUGUGCAGAGGGUAAACACUACUGCAGAGAGAACACCAUGUGUGUGAACACACCCGGCUCCUUCAUGUGCAUCUGCCACACCGGCUACAUCCGCAUCGACGACUACUCCUGCACAGAGCACGAUGAGUGUGUGAGUGGACUUCAUAACUGUGAUGAGAAUGCACUGUGCUUCAACAUGGUGGGAGGACACAGCUGCUCCUGUAAACCCGGAUACACCGGCAACGGCACCGUGUGCAAAGCCAUGUGCGACGGACUGUGCCAGAACGGAGGAUCCUGCAUUUCACCCAACAAGUGCACCUGUCAGCAGGGCUUCACCGGGGACAGGUGCGAAACAGAUAUCGAUGAGUGCACGGACGGCUUCGUGGAGUGUGACAGUAAAUCCACGUGUGUGAACCUGCCCGGAUGGUACCACUGUGAAUGCCGCGACGGUUACCAUGACAACGGCCUCUUCUCAGCCAACGGGGAGUCGUGUGUCGAUAUUAAUGAGUGCAAGACGGGCCGUAACACGUGUGCCAACGACACCGUGUGCUUUAACCUGGAGGGGGGCUACGACUGUCGCUGCCCCCACGGACACAACUGCACUGGGGACUGUAUCCAUGACAACAAGGUCAAGCACAGCGGGCAGAUCUGGGUCCUGGAGAGCGACCGCUGCUCUGUCUGCUCCUGCCAGGCGGGGCAGGUGAAGUGUCGGAGGAUGGUGUGUGACUGUGAUAAUCCAAACGCAGACUUGUUCUGUUGCCCCGAGUGUGACCCGCGCCUCAGCAGCCAGUGUCUGCACCAGAACGGCCUGCUCACCUACAGCAGCGGAGACACAUGGGUGGACAACUGCCAGCAAUGCCAGUGCCUGCAGGGUCAGGUGGACUGCUGGCCCCUCCCCUGUCCCCCUGUGGACUGUGAGUUCACUCUGGUCCCCGAGGGCGAGUGCUGUCCUCGCUGUGUGACUGACCCCUGCCAGGCCGACACCAUCCGCAAUGACAUCACCAAAACCUGCAGCGACGAACACAACAUCCAGCGCUUCAGCGGCUCCUCCUGGAUCAAGCACGGGACCGAGUGCACCCUCUGCCAGUGCAAGAAUGGACACAUCUGCUGCUCAGUGGACCCCAUGUGCCUUUAGUGGUGGAGACCUGAAGGCAACUGUACAGUUUGUUCAUGUAAAAAUCUCACCAAGCUCCACGUGUCCUGGUCCACUCACUGUCCCAAGCGCAGACAGGGGCACAGGGGGUAUACGCCGCAACGAAGGAAAAUCUGCAUUACUUAAGCUGACUUGAAUUAAGAGCAUCAAGUUCGAUUUGAGUAGUUUUGACUAUAAAUUAGCUGUAUUUACUUUGAGAUUCAAGAUUUUAAAUGUGCACUGUGUGAACUUUCCACCGAAAGUCCUACGCUACCUGCUUGUCUCCGUUGAGAUGCGAUAGGUUUUCUUGGAAUUGCGUUCCACGCAAACGCAUCUAUCUCAGCAUUUACAGUGGUCCCUCGUUUAUCGCGGGGGUUAUGUUCUAAAAUUAACCUGUAAUAGGCGAAAUUUGCGAUGUAUCAGCUUUAUUUUUUACAAUUAUUCUAUAUGUUUUUGGCUGUAAAACCUCUCACCACACACUUUAUACACUUUUCUCACACAGGCAUUCACAUUUUCCCACAUUUCUCUCUUGUUUAAUUAAUUAAUAGUGACUGUCGUGUAUUUCACAGUUUCUCUGAUUGUGCCUCUUCGUCCUGGCGUCGCUCCACUGUACUGUACAGGAGACACGGCACGGAGGAGACUGAUGGACAAUGGUCUACAGUCUCUUAACCAAUCAGGACGCAGAACACAAUGCACGUUCAUACACUGUAAAAAAAAAAAACAUGCUAAUUUGCACCAAAAAAUCUGCGAGAACGCGAAAGGUGAACCGCAAUAUAGUGAGGGACCACUGUACUCAAUUACAGAUGUUUUAAUAGCUAAAAAAUGCCUUUGAAAUGCAUUCUCGUGAUGAUUGUGCUCACAUCUCCACAGACCUGGCUUGUAACAUGCCCAGGCUUGUCUUGAUAUCGAUAAAAGUCUAAUAGGAUACUGCAAAACAUCUCCAAAGCCAGAACAGUUACAUAAUGAACCUUGAACUAACUUAGUCCUAUAGUAAACAGCCAAAACUACUUAAAUUGAGUUUUUGCAUGAAUUCAAGCUCUUACUAAAGUAGAUGUAUCCCUUUUGCAUUGUAGACUGUUGAACCAAAUGGGACGGCAUUGCUGAUCAGGGGCAUUCACUGUUUUAUGUAAAUGUACAAACCACUUUCAGGUAUCCAGCUAGUUUUACGCAGCCUGGUCAGUCAUUAUCCACUACGGUUUUCUUUCAGAGUUUGAUAUCGUGAAUUGUAAAUAGAUUUAAUAUCAAGUCACACAGGUGCAACUGGGAAAACUGUAUGUAACAAAGAACGGUUUGCAUGACCGCCACUUAUCAAGAAGGCUGCAAGUUCAGUUCUUAGUUAUCUCUGACUGCUUAUCACAAAGACAUGCAGAUAAUGAUGAAUAGUGAUUGUAAACUGUCCAUAGCUUAAUUAAUCGCCAUAGUAACAAAGGCACAGUUUGGAUUAAAGCAUAAAAUGAAUUAACAUACAAAUUUCAAUUGCAUGUGGGUUCACGACAUUUGCAGAAAUUGCCAAUCAGAGACAAGACACGUACAUAAAUUCUACCCAUUUCAGGUUUUAAAGAGUUCUGAUUGGUUACGUGUUUUUUUUUUUUCUUAAUGGCUUCAAUGGAAAAACGUUGUAAACCCAUUUUAGCUAGCUGCAAACAUGUGACUGGCCAGGCUAACUCUUGUAUGCUUUGUCGAAAUGUAUUGCGUUGCCCUACGUCUGCCUCCUCAAACCCUCUUUAUACCAAAUGCAAAACUUGUGAAAUACCAAACACGACCACGUGCUGGACUACAACUCCCACAAUCCUCUUUGAUUUUUUCUUCAAAGAUCGUCACUCCUGUACCAUCUCCACACAUGGCUCUGUAAGAUACUACGACUAUUACUGGCAUGACUGUGCUUGAUGUCCAAAUGUUUUGCUGAUUUGUAAAUUAAAGGAUAAAGUCUAGCUAGCGCGUUAGCUUAAGUUUCCGUUGCCACAUUUAAAGUUGUUGAUAUUAUGUGGUGCUUUGUUGCAUUGGGUUCCUUUCUUUCUUUUUGUAUUUUUUCACUGCUUGUUCUUGUGUAACAGUGAAAUAAAGUCUUUCCAUUUACAUUUA